AUGGCUGAGACAGUAGGUGUAAUACCAAGAGAUGAAGAGGACAUCCAAAAUAACAGUGAUGAUGAAGACCCAUUUCCAAAUUGUGAUGCUGUAAUGGCAUCCCCCAGUUGCUCUGCCAGCCCUUCGUUAGCCAGCCUUAAUGAAGACAAGGGAAGCUCAGCAGUGCCAGAAAGACUGUCCAUCCUCUCCAGCAAGGCCGUGGCCCAGGCAAAAGCCCUGACUGGCCCAGAGAUGGUUAGUGGUGGCCAGGCACAGAGGACAGCCUCUGGGUUAGCUGACCAUCAUCCGACAGCUGUAAAUGCAUCGUUAGGUGGCUCGUCGUACCCCACAGUGGCCGGUAACCUGCAGCCUGUGGGCAUUGCCUCCCUGUGCUCUGAAAGCCCCUGCUGCAAUGGUGACCCAAGUUCGGAGGUGCCACAGGUCCCAAGGGUGCCUGGCAGGGCCGGCAAGCUGCCGCAGGCUGUCACUGCCCCCGGGACCGACCCCGGGGGCUGCCACACGCAGCAGGCAGGGAGCGGCGCCAAGGGCCCACCUUGUAGUCUGGGCCAGGUGAUUUGGACGACGACUGCAAAAGUAAUGGAGACCUUAGAAAAUAAGAAAAAGGAGGAAAAGGAGAAGUACCGGCUCCAGCUAGCUAUGUACCGACGGCUUCUGCUGUUGCGCUCAAUCAGGAGCUUGCAUAAGCAGCUGGAGCAGCAGCAGGCCAGAUUGGAGGAAUGCUACGGCAUGGUAAUAAAUACCAAGAAAGAAGUGUUGAAACACAUUCGCUCAACCUCGCCCUCACCUUCGCCGUAA